AUCUCAUUCUAACAGAAAAACGCACUAAUUUGUUGAGGCCCUCAUCAAGUUAAGCAGCAAAUACGCACCUGACCAUGGUUGUCAAGCUCGGGCAGCUGUUUCUGUUUUUCCUUGUCUGGUUUGCAGAUUCUAAAGAUGAUGGUUUCACCUACAAUGGCUUCCGGGGUGCUAACUUGAGCCUGGACGGUUUGGCACAGAUCACACCAAACGGACUAUUGAUGAUAACCAACAGCACUUCAGAUGAGAAAGGUCAUGCCUUCUAUCCGUACCCACUUCACUUCAAGAACCCGUCGGACGGUGAAGUGGUAUCCUUCUCAACUACUUUCGUGUUCGCCAUCUUCAGCCAGCCCGGAGCCCCAGAUAUCGGCGGCCAUGGAUUAGCUUUUUUUAUUGCACCUUCAAGAGGGUUCCCGGGAUCUCUAGGAGACCACUAUCUAGGCAUCUUCAACAAGUCCAACAAUGGAAAUCCGUCCAACCAUAUUGUUGCAGUUGAACUCGAUACAAUUGAGAACGUUGAAUUGGCUGACAUCAAUGAUAAUCAUGUAGGUAUUGACAUUAACAGCGUAAAAUCAGUUGAUUCCGCACCGGCUUCUUAUUUUACUGGUGAAAAUGGUGGGCUUAAGAAUCUAACUCUCAAAAGUGGGAAAGCAAUGCAACUGUGGAUCGAAUAUAAUCGCUUCGACUCUCGAAUUAAUGUCACAUUAGCUCCGAUUAAUGUGCCUAAACCGGACAUUCCACUCUUAUCUUGGGUUUACAAUCUUUCUCGGAUGAUGAAAGACAGCAUGUACGUUGGAUUCUCGGCGUCUAAUAGCAGAGCUCUAACACCACAGUACGUGUUGGGGUGGAGCUUUAGGAUGAAUGGUCCAGCCCAAGAGCUCACUCUUUCCCAACUUCCAAAGCUUCCCCGGGUAGGACCCAAACCACAAUCCAAGCUUGUCAAGGUUGGGUUGCCCAUGACUGGCGCGGUUUUGUUGUCCACAGUGAUCGGCGGCAUUCUUUUUAUCUUGAGAAAGAGAAAAUUUGCAGAAGUACUUGAAGAUUGGGAACUAGACUAUGGGCCUCACAGGUUCAAAUUUAAGGAGCUUUACAUUGCUACCAAGGGAUUCAGGGAAAAGGAGCUCCUGGGUACGGGCGGUUUCGGUACGGUGUACAGAGGCAUAUUAUCCACUUCCAAAGUAGAAGUUGCAGUGAAGAGAGUAUCCCAUGAGUCAAGGCAAGGAAUGCGCGAAUUCAUUGCCGAGAUUGUUACCAUCGGUCGAUUGCGACACCGGAACUUAGUACAACUCUUGGGGUAUUGCCGGCGUAAAGGAGAGCUUCUGUUGGUCUACGAUUACAUGCCGAAUGGAAGUUUAGACAAGUAUCUCUUUGACCAAACAAAGUCUAGACUGAGUUGGGACCAAAGAUUUCGAAUCAUCAAAGGGGUAGCGUCCGCACUAUUUUAUCUGCAUGAAGAUUGGGAGCAGAUUGUUGUUCACAGAGAUAUAAAAUCCAGCAAUGUCUUAUUAGAUAGAGAAUUUAAUGGUAGGUUAGGGGAUUUCGGACUCUCAAGGUUAUAUGAUCACGGAAGCGAUCCUCAAACAACACAUGUGAUGGGGACACUAGGUUAUCUUGCACCAGAGAUCACUAGAACUAGUAAGCCGACUCCAAGAACAGAUGUAUUUGCUUUUGGUGCUUUUAUGCUUGAAGUGGCUUGUGGAAAAAGACCUAUAGAACCACAAGAAUCUGAUGAAGAUCUUAUUUUGGUUAAUUGGGUGCUGUCGUUUUGGAGGAGAGGGACAAUUUGUGAGACAGCAGAUCCAAAUUUGGGAGGUGAUUAUGUAGAUGAGGAGAUGGAUUUGGUGUUGAAGCUUGGCCUCAUUUGUUGUAAUUCAAUUCCAACUGCUAGGCCGACCAUGCGUCAAGUAUUGGAGUUUUUGAACGGAGAUGUUCCUCUCCCGGAGACACUGCCGGUGAGUGCCGGUAGUCUUACGUCUGCUCACGGUGAAGGCUUCAACGGGUAUGGUAUGCCGUGCCCUUCCCUGGGGAUUACAAUAAGCACUACAAUCACUCAAUCAUCUAUUCUCUCCACAGGUUGUUAGUAGAAAUAUGGUUCGUUAAUGAAGCAGCUUAGGCGUUUAUUGCAAGGUAAGUGGUUUGACCAAUCUUUGUGCGAAAAUAAAAAAAUAAAAAGAA